AUGUCUUCCUUUUUCACCGUCCCCACUUCCCAGCGCAAGCGCAAGAGAGACGACCGCGCCGCAGCUCCGGGAUCCAAGAAACGAGGCGUUGAUGCCCAGAAAGAAGGCGCAGGAGACCGACGAGCGAGAGAAAGAGAGGAAUCGAUCUCUGGAAGUGACUUGGAUGAAGAUGACAAAAUCGCGUCCGCAGAAUCGGGCGAAGAAUCCGGGUCCGACUCGGACGACGGCGAGACGGCCGCAGACCGACGGUUGAAACUCGCCGAACGCUACUUGGACAAUGUCCGGGAUGAGGUUGACGAAGUUGGAUACGAUGCAGCAGACAUUGAUCGAGACCUGAUCGCCGAGAGGCUGAAGGAAGAUGUCGAUGAAUUCAAGGGCAGAGUAUUUCGCCUUCUCGGCUCAAAAUUAUCGUUUCCCACCGCAUCCCACUCUUUCUUCCGCUCCGAUACGCAGUCUACGACCUCGAUUGCCAUCCAUGCGCCAUAUGUCUAUACCGUUAGUAAAGACAAGACUUUGAUCAAGUGGGAACUGGCGACUCCUAGCGAACCGAAGCCCGCCGACCCAAAUUCGAAACGGCCUCCACGUCCCCAGCGUAAGACGCCUAAGCGGGUCAGAUACUUCCGGGGCGCCCGCAAAAUCGGCGGCGAGGAGCAAGGGCAUACAGGAAAUAUCCUGUCUGUUGCGGUUUCUCCUUCUGGAAAGUUUCUUGCUACUGGUGGAAGUGACAAUAAACUAGUGAUCUGGGAUGCGGAGACUCUAACACCGACCAAGACAUUUACGCAGCACCGUGAUUCCGUUGCUUCUCUCGCUUUCGCCCGUCACAUCUCGACUAUGAGCUCCGGAGAACAAUUGUUCUCAGGCAGCUAUGACCGCACAUUAAAGACCUGGUCCAUUUCCUCGGCUGGUCAUGCAUACGUCGAGACGUUGUUCGGACACCAGGAUCAUGUUACCGGCGUUGCAGCCAUGACUAUUGACCAAUGUGUCAGUGUCGGAGCUCGCGACCGGACUGCGCGAUUAUGGAAGGUUGUUGACGAGAGUCAACUUGUGUUCCGUGGUGGUGCUUCCAAGAACGCUCCUUACCGGGAGAGCAAUAUCGACUGUAUUGCUCCUCUGCCACCCUCCCACUUUGUGACUGGUUCCGACUCCGGCUCUAUCUCCCUUUGGUCAAUGCACAAAAAGAAGCCGCUCUAUACGAUUCCUCUUGCACACGGCGUGGACAGCAUUCCUCCUCUGGAUGAACUAUCGCCUGAAGUUGACCCAGAGGUUGCUGCCCACAAUGCCCGGCACAUGCGGCCCACACCUCGCUGGAUCACAGCGCUGACCACUCUCCCGGGUACUGAUAUCGUUCUGAGUGGUAGUUGGGAUGGUUGGAUCCGCGCAUGGCGCAUUUCGGAUGAUAAGAAGACCAUCAUUUCCCUGGGACCUGUUGGUGCCGGCCAACCGAUCCCCGACACCCCCUCACAACAACUCAACAGCUCCCUUGCGCAAAAGGGCACCCCCGAUGCGGAUGAUAUGGAUGUCGAGGCCAAAUCGCAAGCACAGAAGGCCGAUCCCAAGCCUUUGAUUAAGGGCGUGAUCAAUGAUAUCGCCGUCUUCGAGCGCCGCCCCGAGGGUGCAUCUUCAGGCCAGCCCGCUCCAAAAUCCUCCAAGUCUAAACCUCAAUCAGAGCCUGAGGUUCGGGGUUUGUGCAUUGUCGCUGCAGUUGGCAAGGAGCACCGCCUUGGCCGAUGGAAGUUCUACGCCAACAACUACCACGAAGGAGAUGCUCCCCAAGGCCGCAAUGGUGCCGUUGUGUUUGAGGUUCCAUUUGCCUCUAAGGAAGCCGCCGAGGCUGAUGUAUAA